AUGCAAUCAGUGUCGCCAGCGAAUCCUCGAUGCCGAGACGAGAUCAAGAAAAAAGGAUCUUCAUCUAAACUCGUCUUAUGGGAACCAUAUAAGGCGGCUACAUCAGCAGAACUGAAAGCAACAGCAGCACCGGUGAUGCCAGCAGCAUCAUUGAUCCCCUAUCAGAUGUCAUCACACGAUCCCCACCACUCAUCUUCGUCCUCUUCAACAACUACUCAUCACCACAUCCAACAAUCAUCACAUCAACACAAUAUGCAAUCCAAUAAAUUCGAUUCAACUAUCGACAAAGUCGGUGGUAUUGAUUAUAAAGCAAACGCAAAUCCUUCUACAGUGAUUAUCAACGGUGAUAUAAAGUUAUGCAACAAUUUAAAUGGUGUUAUUGAUCCAGCCAGAGAUAGCAAAAUAAUCCAGAAAUAUGAGGCUGAAAUCGAGCGAUUGAAAGCCGAACUUGAGUCUCAUAUCGACUCACAUCAUUACUACCAACUGAAAUAUUUUCAGACCUCGAGGCAAGUCAGUGCUGAACUGAAGCGAUUAUUAGUCGCGUCGAUGGGUGAGGAUUUAAUGUGCCAGAUUAAUUCGUUAACUGAAGAUAAAGUUCGUUUAGCGUCAACGAUGAAUUCAUUCGCUACACAGGUAUAUUGCCAGGAUCUGGAAAUAUCUUCGGAUGUUUGGCGAUGUAAGUUUUUGGCGAUGAGUAUACGAGCCGACGAAUUGCUGUCGCAACGGGAACGUUUAUUAAGCGCCCUCAAGCAGCACCGCAAAGCUCUCGAUGACCUACUGCUCAUUCUCCGGCCACAUUCUCCACCUAAUCCAUGUUUUAGCCAACCACUCGCCCACACCCAACCGAUCGUCAGUGACUGCACACAGCCACUCAUCUCGCCAUCAGCCGUCAUUCCCGAAUCAGUUCUUGCAAACGUUCAACAAGCUUUAUCCACUGAUAUUGUGAAGUUGUGCGAGAGAACGCCAUGCGAUGAGAAGAUUAGUAAACCACAGGCAGUUAGUUCGAAUAUUACUGUUUCUUGUUGUAAGCAUUGUGCGGGAAGGGAAAUUAAACUACUCUGA